AUGAUAGGUGAAGGUGAAGGUGGUGGUGGUGAUGAAGGUGGAGUUGGUGGUGGUGAGGAUGGCGGUUGUGAAGGUGGAGGUGGUGGUGGCAAUGGUAGCGUGGUGGUGGUGUUGGUUGUGGAGGUGUGUGGAUGUGGAGGUGGUGGUAGUGGUGGAGUUGGAUGUGGAAGUGGAGGUGAUAUCAUUUUUUAA